UCCUCCUCCUCUUUAUCCAAAUGGAGAGAGUGCCUUCUCCCCCCUCCUCCUCCUCCCCUCCUUCAUCUCAUCUAUUGAAGCAAGGGAGCUGCUGCUUGCUGCUGCAUACACGCAGAGGAAGAAAGAGCGAGAGACACACGCAUCUCGGGGAGAGGGGGAGCCCGGGGAGAUCUUAAGAGACAGCUCUGCACCCAGACAGAAUGAUACAGCCCACCGAGACGGAGGAGAAGCCGCAGCAGCAGCAGCACCGCCGCCGCCACCAGCGCUGAGAUCAAGGCUCCCUUCAAGCCCCCUUUUGCUUCGGCGAGAAAAAGAGACCGGAGGGGGAGUCUGGCUUUUCUUCCCGCGGCCGAACGGUGAGGAGCCUGGAGAGCAAUCGCAGCCCGAAAGGACUAGGCGGGGGGAAGGCGAGCCCGCUGAGAGUGCCUGGCCCCGCUCACCCUCGCACACUGGAUGUGGGACGCGGCGGCGGCGGCGGCGGCGACCUCCGGAUCCUCACGAAAUGUUGCAAUGGAAGGCUCGGGGUCUGACUCGCCGGGAGCAGCUAGAGCAGCAACUUCAGCAGCAGCAGCAGCCAACGCGGUAUGAAGAAGUGGUCUGUCAGCAGCAGCAGCAGAGCGUCGCCCCCGAGCCAGCCCACCCCCGGUCCCGCUGGAUCUGGAUCGUCCCGGAGCAGCAGCAGCAGCGCGCUAGGGGGAACCGCGCGGGACGCAGCCCCUGGGUCGCCAAAACAACAGCAGCGGCUGCGGCGGCAGCCCCGGCUGUGCGGCGGCAACAUGGCCUCAGCUGUUAAUGCCUCCGAGCCGGAGAACAGCAGCGGCGAUGGAGGAGGCGGCGGCGGCGGCUGCAGAGAGCCGGAUGAGCCGGGGAGAAGCGGCAGCAGGAGGCGGAGAAGGACCGGCGGGAACAGACGCGCCGCGCCUCGCGAUCCGGAAUAUCUGCAGCGGCCGAGCUACUGUGAUGCAGGCUUCGCCUUGGAGCAGAUAGCGAAGGGAAAGGCUACUGGAAGAAAAUCACCGCUGUGGCUGAGAGCAAAGUUUCAGAGACUGUUAUUUAAACUGGGCUGUUACAUUCAGAAAAACUGUGGGAAAUUUUUGGUGGUCGGCCUUCUGAUAUUCGGGGCUUUUGCUGUGGGAUUAAGAGCAGCCAAUCUCGAAACCAAUGUGGAGGAGCUCUGGGUAGAAGUUGGUGGACGAGUGAGUCGGGAGUUAAGUUACACGCGCCAGAAGAUUGGAGAAGAGGCCAUGUUUAAUCCCCAACUCAUGAUUCAGACACCGCAAGAGGACUGCGCUAAUGUGCUCACAGCAGAAGCACUCCGACAGCACCUUGAUUCCGCACUUCAAGCCAGCAGGGUACACGUGUAUAUGUACAACAGACAAUGGAAAUUGGAACACUUAUGCCAUAAAUCAGGGGAACCGAUCACAGAAGGUUACAUGGACAAGAUCAUAGAACACCUUUACCCUUGUUUAAUUAUCACACCUUUGGACUGCUUCUGGGAGGGUGCAAAGUUACAGUCGGGGACUGCAUAUCUACCAGGGAAACCCCAUUUGCAGUGGACCAACUUUGACCCCUUAGAAUUCUUGGAGGAGUUAAAGAAAAUAAACUCGCAAGUAGAUACCUGGGAAGAAAUGUUAAGUAAGGCAGACGUUGGACAUGGGUAUAUGGAUCGACCUUGCCUGAAUCCUGAGGACCCUGACUGUCCUAUCACAGCGCCCAACAAAAAUUCAACCAAACCUCUAGACGUGGCCCUUGUUUUAAGUGGUGGAUGCUAUGGGUUAUCCAAAAAAUAUAUGCAUUGGCAGGAAGAGCUGAUCAUUGGUGGCACAGUUAAAAAUGGUACUGGGAAACUUGUCAGUGCCCAGGCUUUACAAACCAUGUUUCAGUUAAUGACUCCUAAGCAAAUGUACGAGCACUUCAAGGGGUAUGAGUAUGUUUCGCACAUCAACUGGAAUGAAGACAAAGCAGCUGCAAUUCUGGAAGCCUGGCAGAGGAUGUAUGUUGAGAUCGUCCAUCAGAGUGUGGCACAAAACUCUACACAGAAGGUGCUUUCCUUUACUACAACUACCCUGGAAGACAUCCUAAAAUCAUUUUCUGAUGUCAGCGUUAUCAGAGUUGCCAGCGGCUACCUAUUAAUGCUUGCCUAUGCCUGUUUAACCAUGCUGCGGUGGGACUGUGCUAAAUCCCAGGGUGCCGUGGGGCUGGCAGGAGUCUUGUUGGUUGCACUCUCCGUAGCUGCAGGAUUGGGGCUGUGCUCAUUGAUUGGGAUUUCCUUUAAUGCUGCCACAACUCAGGUUUUACCCUUUCUUGCUUUAGGAGUUGGUGUAGACGAUGUCUUCCUUUUGGCACAUGCAUUUAGCGAAACUGGGCAGAACAAGAGAAUUCCAUUUGAGGACAGGACAGGAGAAUGUCUGAAACGCACUGGGGCAAGUGUGGCCCUUACUUCCAUCAGUAAUGUUACUGCAUUCUUCAUGGCUGCCUUAAUUCCCAUCCCUGCUCUACGGGCAUUUUCACUCCAAGCUGCUGUGGUUGUGGUCUUCAACUUUGCCAUGGUUCUGUUAAUUUUUCCUGCUAUUUUGAGUAUGGAUCUGUACCGCCGUGAAGAUCGGAGAUUGGAUAUAUUCUGUUGUUUUACAAGCCCGUGCGUUAGCAGAGUGAUUCAGAUUGAACCUCAAGUAUAUGCAGAGGCUGGUGACAGCACGCGCUGCAGCCCUCCACCGCCAUACAGCAGCCACAGUUUUGCACACGAAACCCAAAUCACCAUGCAGUCCACUGUCCAGCUUCGCACUGAAUACGACCCUCAUACCCAGGUUUACUAUACCACCGCAGAACCUCGCUCAGAAAUAUCUGUACAACCAGUCACAGUGACACAAGAUAACCUCAGCUGCCAGAGCCCAGAAAGUACCAGGUCAUCCAGGGAUCUCCUUUCCCAGUUCUCAGAAUCGACACUGCAUUGUCUUGAGCCACCCUGUACGAAAUGGACACUCUCCUCUUUUGCUGAAAAGCAGUAUGCUCCGUUCCUACUAAAACCAAAAGCAAAGCUUGUGGUCAUUUUUCUUUUUCUAGCCUUACUUGGCCUCAGUCUUUAUGGAACUACUCGUGUGAGAGAUGGACUUGAUCUUACAGACAUUGUGCCACGGGAGACACGGGAGUAUGACUUCAUUGCAGCCCAGUUCAAGUACUUCUCAUUCUACCACAUGUAUGUAGUUACGCAGAAAGCGGAUUAUCCCAACAUCCAGCACUUACUUUAUGAGCUUCACAAAAGUUUCAGCGAUGUGACAUAUGUUUUGUUGGAAGAGAACAAGCAGCUUCCCAAAAUGUGGUUGCACUACUUUAGAGACUGGCUGCAAGGGCUUCAGGAGGCUUUUGAUCGCGAUUGGGAAUCUGGGAAGAUCACAUACAACGAUUACAGAAACGGAUCCGAAGAUGCUGUUCUGGCUUACAAGCUUUUGGUUCAAACGGGCAUCCAAGACAAACCCUUUGAUAUUAGCCAGUUGACUAAACAGCGCCUGGUGGAUGCAGAUGGAAUCAUUAACCCCAAUGCUUUCUACAUCUACCUGACAGCCUGGGUUAGCAAUGACCCUGUGGCAUAUGCUGCCUCUCAAGCCAACAUCCGGCCCCACCGACCAGAAUGGGUCCACGAUAAAGCAGACUAUAUGCCAGAAACCAGGUUGAGAAUCCCGGAAGCUGAGCCUAUUGAAUAUGUUCAGUUUCCUUUCUACCUCAAUGGACUGCGCGACACUUCUGACUUUGUGGAAGCUAUUGAGAAAGUGAGAGCAAUCUGCAAUAACUACACCAGCCUCGGGGUUCCCAGUUACCCCAAUGGAUACCCGUUCCUGUUCUGGGAACAAUAUAUUGGACUCCGUCAUUGGCUCCUUCUGUCCAUCAGCGUGGUUCUGGCGUGUACGUUCCUGGUGUGUGCCCUCUUCCUUCUGAACCCUUGGACAGCUGGGAUCAUUGUGGUGGUGCUGGCUCUGAUGACGGUGGAACUCUUUGGCAUGAUGGGUCUUAUUGGGAUAAAACUGAGUGCCGUGCCUGUAGUCAUCCUGAUUGCUUCUGUUGGAAUCGGAGUGGAGUUCACUGUUCACAUUGCCUUGGCCUUUCUGACUGCCAUGGGAGACAAGAACCACAGGGCUGUCCUUGCCUUAGAGCACAUGUUUGCACCUGUGUUGGAUGGAGCUGUGUCUACGCUGCUCGGUGUAUUAAUGCUUGCAGGAUCCGAGUUUGACUUUAUUGUCAGGUAUUUCUUUGCUGUUUUGGCAAUUUUAACAAUCUUGGGUGCUCUGAAUGGACUGGUGCUACUCCCCAUUCUCCUUUCCCUUUUUGGACCAUAUCCUGAGGUUUCCCCUGUCGAUGGAAGGAGCAGGUUACCUACGCCAUCUUCUGAGCCUCCCCCAAGCAUUGUGAGGUUCACCAUACCACCUGGUCAUGCACAGAAUGGGUCAGAUUCUUCUGAUUCUGAGUACAGUUCUCAGACCACAGUAUCUGGAAUCAGUGAGGAGCUUCAUCAGUAUGAGUCCACUCAAAGAUCUGGUGCCCCAGUCCGCCAAGUAAUUGUUGAAGCAACUAAAAACCCAGUAUUUGCCAGAUCCACUGUGGUUCAGCCGGAUACAAGGUAUUAUCAGCCAAGCCCAAGAUCACAGGCUUACCAAGAGUCUGGAUCCCAGCAAACAUGGCAUCAAAAUAAGCAGCCCAAAAGAGAACCAAGGGAAGGACUCCGGCCACCCCCUUACCGACCGCGCAGGGAUGCUUUUGAAACGUCUACUGAUGGGCACUCCUGCCCUAGUAACAGGGACUGCUCUGGCCAGAGAACUCGUUCUCAGAACAACAGAAACGCAGCCUUUACUGCGACGGGCACUUCAGUGCCUGCGUACGGCCAGCCUAUCACUACUGUGACUGCCUCAGCAUCAGUUACUGUUGCUGUGCACCCUCCUAUGCAUGGCCACAAUACUCGCGGAGGAGGCUUUCCAUCCUACGAAGGAUACCACGAAAGCGACCAUGGACAAUUUGAGGACCCUCACGUGCCUUUCAAUGUCCGGUGUGAGAGGAGGAACUCUAAAGUAGAAGUAAUAGAAGUGCAAGAUGUUGAAUGUGAAGAGAGGGCUCGUGGCAACAGCUCGGAUUAAGGGAAAUAACUGAAGCAAAGAAGAGGCCAAAGAUGGGAAACCUCUUUCCAGAACUGCUUGAAGAGAAACUGCUUGAAGUUAUGAAGAAGGCCAAUGUUGCGUCAGAGCAACAGUUCACCAUUACUGUAACCUAUUGUAUUAUUUUGUGAAAUAUUUCUAUAAAUAUUUAAAAGAUGUACACAUAUGUAAUAUACAAGAGAAACCGUGUAAAGUAGUAUAAUCUGGAGUUAUUUUGACUCCUGUUUAAUGGAGUGGGGACUGUUUUGUUUGUGCUCUGUUUGUACAUUGAUCUCUGUGCCACAACUAAGCUUAAUCUAGUCGUAAAUUUCAGCAUAUGUUUGCUGCUGCUUAAAAUAUUGUAUAAUUUACAUGUAUAAUUCUAUGCAAAUAUUGCUAAUGUAUUAGGGUUGGUUUGUUUGUUUGUUUUGUAAAGGUACAUGUGUGUGUGUGUGUGUGUGUGUUAAAGUAUUUUAAAAAUUUCAAUAUCACAGCCCUGUGGUAGUGAUAUGUUUCUGUUAACUUUCAAACACGCUAUGCGUGAUAAUUUUUUUCUUUUUCUGUUUUUUUUUUCUUUUAAAAAAACGAGCAGAUAUGAAGAGCAGUAUGUUUAACCUUGAUAAGUAACUGUGUGGGGGGGCUUCAUUUUGUGGUGUGUGUGUGUGUGUGUGUGUGUGUGUGAGAGAGAGAGAGAGAGAGAGAGAGAGAGAGAGAGAGAGAGAGAGAGAGAGAGAGAGAGAGAGAGAGAAGUUGUAUACUGUAGUUACUUUAUGGAGCACUGACUAUCAGGAAUUUCCAUCACAUGCCCCACUGAAAUUCUUAUUGUGUGUUCGAGUAUAUGGUUCUUGUGCUGUGCUAAUCCAAUGGGUCGUGUGCAAGAGAUUUCCUCAGAAGUGUGCGCUUACUGUGUAAUCCUUCUUGACCUUGAAAACCAACCCAUGGUGGUUAAGGCUCCAGUAUUGCACGUGUACUUGUGAGCAGGUUCCAGUGAAAUUAAUGGGACUUCCAUGAGUGGUAUUCCACUUGAAAUCAAAGUUAGUCUUGACUGAGUUCAUUGAUUUCAGUGGUCUACUCUGGGUAUGUAUGUAACCACAUGUAGCAUUGCACCUAACUUUGUAAAGAAAGAAAGAAAAGAAAAGAAAAUAUUCUAAGAGCUUAACAGCUGCUACGGACAUUCAUCAAAGAACAGAGAUAAAGGAGAAGCGUGGACAGAUGGGGAUCAGCAUUUGUGGGUUCUAGUUCCUGUUGUACCACAUUUGAUUUUAGGCAAACUACUUAAUCUGCCUGUAUCUCAUUGCUCAUAUGUACUAUGGUUAGAAUUGUGUCUCUCAGCGGUGAUGAAGGUUUUUAUCCCCAGUGAAUCAUACGACAAGAACGCAUAAUAAAGUGUUGCUUGAAGCUAAAGGCUGGUGAAAGCCUUGGCGUGUGCUAAUUGCAUAUAUAUAUAGAGAGAGAGAGAGAGAGAGAGAGAGAGAGAGAGAGACAGUCGUUGCUACAUUCUGAACAUAGUACAACUAAUAUAGUUGCCAUAGUGCCGUAUAUCCCCAUAGUUUCAGAAAACUUCAGGUAAAUAAAAGGCAGCUUCCAUUCAGGAAGCAGUUGAACUGGUCUCUUAAUACAUCCAAGUUAUUAACCCUAGGAGAGGCACAGCCCUGUUUUGAUAAUGUUUGAACUGGAAGGACCAGUGGUGGAAAGAGAGACCUGAGCAAGAAGGGAUGGCAUUGUUGCAGUGGUACAUAAGCUACUGUUUAGAAGGGCACCAAAGCUCAACCUACAGCUCCAGCUUCCUGUCCAACGUGAAAAAUGCUUGUGGCCCCAAUUGGGCCCUAGCAGUGUCACAAUGUCAGAUGAUAAAACAAGGACAAAAGCUCUGCAACAGAACAGUACGCUAUGAAUUGCAAGCUACCUUUCACUGCCAAGAGUUGCAGCAGCAGAGGUCAUGAUGGUGCCCCAUGGAUUAUGCUUUGGGCCACUCACUCUGCACUCUAGCCCCAUGAUUAUUAUUAUUUAAACAGGAAGAAAAGCAGAAAGUGGAAAAGGCUUUGAUGUUCAAUAGCUCCUUCACCUUGGCCUGUGUGUGUGUGUGUGCGUGCGUGCAUGAGAGAGGUCCCCCCCUCUUUUUUGUGGGGUGCCUGCUCCUUGGUGCAUAGUAUAGACCAUCUGUCUUCUUGUCACAUUGGCAAAAAGAGAUCUCAGUGGCUGGCUGUUCUGUUUUUUCGUUUUGUUUUUUAAUAAAAAACUUUAAUUUUUGUUGAUAUUUAUAUUUUUGUAUCAUAAGAAUGUUUUCUUACAGUAUUUGUCAUGCCAGUUUAUAACAAACACAAUGCAGGGAUUUUAUUUCUAUUGGAAACACUAUUACAGCUAUGUUUCUACUUUUUAAUGGAAUCUUUAUUUGUAUAGAAUGCUUACUAAUGUUAAAUAGGAAGAGAGUAUAUAACAUUUACAACAUUAAGGACUCAUUUUGUAGCUUUUUAGAGUGAGGAGUUAAAAGGAAAAAAAAAUAUUCAGACUGGGUCUCAUUGCCUGCUUGUUUUGAGCAGAAAUGGGUUGUGUUUCAGUUACAAAGAUAAAAGUAUGCCAUAUAAUUUAUUUAUAUGAAAAUUUAUUUUUGUAGUGUAUAUAGUAGCCCUCAAUUCUUUUGACAGAAUUAUAUUUUUAAAGAGUUUAUAUGUAAUGAUGAUACCAUUAUGUUUUGGAACAUUACUGAGACAUAAAUACAAUGCACAUUUUUUAAUGACAAGUCCCAUUUGCAAACAAAGAAAAUGUUAACAGUGUUAAAAGAGAGUGUGGAUAUUCAUGUCAUUCUGAACUGUUUUAGUUGCCAUUUUGCGAUCUAGCAUGGUUCUCAAUUUUAAAUCAUGAGUGAAAAUUUGUACAAACUCUCUAAACUUUAAUGUUCAAACACUGAUAGAAAUUCUAACAUGAAUAAAAAAUAUUAUAACUUAUUGGUUACGUAUUUAAUUGUUUGUGGAAUGUUUAUUUAAAACACGGAGAGUUGUAUUGUUUAAUUCGAGUCAGGCAAUGCAGCAGAAACAAUGCUAUAGACAAACCUUUUUAGAUGAUGCAAUUUGUUAGGUUAAAAUUCCAUUCAUUCAUUCAUUCAUUCAUUUAUAUUCCACCAACGAACUCAAGGUGGUGUACCUAAUUCUCACCCCCACCCUGAUUUUAUCCUCACAACAACCCCGUCACCCAGUGAGCUUCAUGGCUGAGUGGGGAUUUGAACCCUGGUCUCUCCUGUGUUGGUCCAUCUCUCUAAGCACUACACCACACUAGCUCUCAAUAUUAAAGUAGGUCUCCCAAGUGCACAGCCAAAACUUUGUCUCUGGUGGACUGAGACUGCUCUACUACUCACCAGAAAAGGCAGAGAGAACUAAAAGAGGAGCCCGACUGCAUCAGACCAAAGGUUUCUCUAGCCCAACUUCCUGUUCUCACAAUUGUCCACCAGAUUCCUAUGGAAAGCCCGGAGGGGAUGCCAGGAAACAGGGAAUUAUGUUCACAUGCGGUGGAGGUGUAAUAAAUAUGUACAAUUCUUUGGGCAACGGGUGUUUAAGGAGAUAACAGAAACCACUAAUUUACGAUGGGGUGGAAGGUUUGCAGGCUAUGAUGGAGUCGCUCACAAAUUAUUAUAGCUGCUAAGAAGUGGAAGAAGAGGCAAGCAGAGUAUAAAAUGGAAGAAUGGUACAAAGAAGUGUGGUAUAUUGUGCCAUUAAGGUAAGGCGGGGAAUAUGCAGAAGAAAUUAUUUUGAGGAGAUAUGGAAGGUGUUUGUAGAAUUUGUACUGUUAAAAUGGAAAGGGCUCAAAUCAUCACAAGAGGUGUUGAAAUUUUGGGAGGUUGGAUGGUUACAAUGGAAUGGUCUCGGGGGUUGAGUUCACAUUUUUAUUCUUAUUUAUUUAUUAUUAUUACUUUGUAAAUAAAGGGGGGGGAGCCCGGAAACAGGACAUGAGGGCGAUAGGACCCUCCUUGUUCCUGGAUCCCCAUAAACUGGUAUGCAGAGGCAUAUUACCUCUGAAACUGGAGACAGUACAUAACCAUCAUGGUUAGUAGACAUUUAUAACCUAAUCCUGCAUGAAUUUGAUGCCUAUCACUACAUUUUAUGGUAGGAAAUUCUGUAGUAACCAUAUGUCAUGCAAAGAAAUUGGAUUCUCUGGCACCAGAUCCAGACCAUAAGCCAGGUUAGUAUGUUGCAGCCAAAACAACAGCAUUGUAGCACCUUCAAGGCUAAUAAAUUAUAUGUAUUGCAGCAUAAACUGUCCAUUUUAUCUUGCAUUUGGCAAAGUGGGCAUUUGCCCACAAAAGCUUAUAGUACAAAUUUAGGCCUGGUCUCUAGAUUUCUGAAGGACAGUCAGACUCAACUACAUUCGUCACAGUAAUACGGUUUGAAUGCGUUAUAAACAUCCAACACCAGAUGGCACCAGAGAGCAAACAAGUUAUAUGGAUUUUUAGGAAAGGUAAAGGGACCCCUGACCAUUAGGUCCAGUCGUGACCGACUCUGGGGUUGUGGCGCUCAUCUCGCUUUAUGGGUCAAGGGAGCCGGUGUACAGUUUCCAGGUCAUGCGACCAGCAUGACUAAGCCGCUUCUGGUGAACCAGAGCGAACGGAAACAUCGUUUACCUUCCCGCCUAUUUAUCUACUUGCACUUUGCACUUUGACGUGCUUUUGAACUGCUAGGUGGGCAGUCACUGAUAGUACAGAUGACUCCCAACUUAGGCUGUGGUUACGUUCUAGGGAUAGCGCCGAAAGCCAGAAUCACGUAUGGUUAAAACGCUUUGGGUUUAAUGGCUGGUGGGAUUGUCAAAGUAUUUCUCCCCCCACCCCCAGCUGCUCGCCCCUUUUCUGCCCCUUUUAAAAUUUAUUAAGAAUUUUUGCCAAGCGUGUAAAUCUGAAUGCACACAAAUUAAAUAAGCGUUAAGUUGUGAGUUAUCUGCAUACAAUGCUUUUGGGGCAACUAGGUUAAAUGGUCAGAAAAAUAUAUACACCUGUACAUGCCUGGAAUUCAAUCAGAAGCUGGAAUGGCUUUCAUGCAGGAAAUCAGUACAAACCAUAGUGAUUGUUGCACCUGUUGGGUAAGUUGGUGACCUGGACCUACAAACACAGCCAGUUAUGUCAGUAACUCCCAGUAACUCCCACUCUCUACAGCAGGCAUCCCCAAACUGCGGCCCUCCAGAUGUUUUGGCCUACAACUCCCAUGAUCCCUAGCCAACAGGACCAGUGGUCAGGGAUGAUGGGAAUUGUAGUCCAAAACAUCUGGAGGGCCGAAGUUUGGGGAUGUCUGCUCUACAGGGUGCUGUCUCCAACCAUUGGGCCAUCCAGCUCGUUACUGGCCACACUGACUAGCAGUGGCUCUGCAGCAUUUCAGACAAGGAAUGCUUCCAAACUCACCUGGAGAUGCUGUGGAUUGAAACUGGGACCUUUUGCAUACAGUGCAGAUUUUCUCCCUAAUGCUGUGUGUGUGUGUGUGUGUGUG